AUGGCUUCGAAUGAGCCUGGCCUUGCGCCUCUCAGUGCGCCGGCUGAAGACCCUAUCAAAGGUGCUAUCGGCGUACCUGUCGAUACCGACACUCCUGUUGCACCUGACCAGUUUGACGAACGUUACGAGACAUCGAAGUGGGAGAUAUGGUCGUAUUAUUGUCCGUCAAUUGUGCCAAAGCUGAUAUCGGAAUCCGCCAAUAGUUACUACGUCGGUGACAACGGCCUCACACUUUUCAACUUCGGCCCCACAGCUUUCCAGAAUCUCAUGUAUGAAGCUGCAGGAGACUCCGAAGUGUUACGUUUCAUGGGCCGAGAUCGUACUAUCAACUCAAUCGUGCUUCUCUGCAACGGCAUCAGCUUUGCCAUCCAGGUUGUCGUCUUCCUCAUCUUGGGUUCUUUCGCCGAUUUUGGUACAUGGCGCCCCAAUAUCCUGAUAGGACUCUCCAUCAUUGCCUUUGGAAUCGGAUUUGGCUGGCUCGGAGUUCAUACCGAGGACAAGUGGCAUGCUGGUGUUGGGCUCUACAUCGUGGGCCUCAUUGCAUACCAAACGACAAUCACCUUCUGGACCGCUGCAUUCCCUGGCUUAGCAAGAAACACUAAGGAGCUGCGAAUUAAAGCCGAAGAGUUCGCCGAUGGGACGAUUACCCGUGCAGAGUACGAUUUUGCGGAUAUGAUGAAGCGAAACGAGCUUUCAAAUACGGCAUUCUACGUUCAGUCGGUCUUUGAGAUCCUCAUUCUAGCAGUCAUUGUGGGCAUCAUGUUCGGUCUGAAAGUCAAUGACAGCGCGGAGAAUAACAACUGGGGUCUUUCGGUACUCAUCGCCUUUGCAACAGGAGUUUGGAUAUUGUGCGCUCUUCCAUGGUUUAUCCUAGAGAAGAGGCGGCCCGGUCAGGAUCCAGGACGCGCGAACAUAGUCCUAGCAGGUCUCAAACAGCUUGGCUAUGCGAUCCGUCAGAUCUGGCAACUACGUCAAAGUUUGGCCUAUUUGGCAGGCUACUUCCUGCUUGGUGACAGUCUCAACACGACCGUAACGGUCAUCGGAACCCUGCAGAACGAGAUCGUUGCAUACAACAGUCUUCAGCUUACUUACCUGCUCAUCGUUGGUAUCGCUGCGCAGGCGGUCGGGAUUGGUGCCUUCUGGCGCAUUCAGAAGCACUAUGGUCUGUCCACCAAGACUAUGUUCAUGGUCGUCGCCAUCUGCAUUGUUCUACUUGACGGCUGGGGAAUGAUUGGCAUUUGGACGCAAAAGUUUGGUUUCCAUAACAAAUGGGAAGUAUGGCUGUAUCAGGUCUUCUAUGGACUGCUUGUCUGUCCGUGGUACAGCUAUUCGCAGACGAUGAUCUCCGAGGUCACACCGAGAGGCAAAGAGUUUCUUUUCUUCAGCUUGUUCUCUAUCGUUGGUAAGACGAGUGCUUUUAUUGGGCCCCUGGUGAGCUCUGCCAUUAUCGAUGAUACCGGCAACAACAGUAGUCCGUUUUAUUUCUUGUUCGCCUUGAGCUUAGUUAGUUGCGCAUGGCUUUUCUUCUUCGUAGAUGUUGGAAAGAGUAGGAUUGAGCAGGAGAUCUUCCUGGGGAAGGAGAAGAACGCAAAGAUGCAGAACGAGGAUGUUGGAAGUCUUAGCUGA